CCCUCUCUAUGCCCUCUGCAAUUACUCCUCGCUGCCACAUCUUCUACACCUGUUCAUCUUUCUCCUGCCCUUUCUCUCCGUCUCCCCAACCUCUAUCUCUUUCUCUUCUUUUCUCCCCCCUUUUUUCAUUUGCCUCAUCACUCUCUUUCUUUUGACGGUUACUUUCUAAUCUAUGUCCUUCAUGGUUUGCCCUUUCUUUCUCUCUCCCUUCUCCACCAACCCAAAAGGAAAAACUCACUCAAAACCCGCCGGAAUCCACUAUUGGAACACCCCAUAAACGUGGUUUUCCGGUGACCCAUAUACUCUUAGUAGUAGAUCUGACUUAUCCGAUCUCCUUUGGCCUGCCUUAGAUCCUACAAGUGUUGCUUUGCUUCUAAUGGAGGCUUCCACAUAAGUUUUUCUCAAUAUUUUUAUAUUACAAGAAGGAACCAGCCAGCCAACAGAGUGAGAGUUGUAUGAGGUUUUAGGGUUUUGGCCGUUUCAUACUUACUAGUGCGGUAUUGGAAUAUGCCUGCCGGGAUGAUGGUUUCAGCGAGACACGUGCCACCACCGGUUAUGGGUAACAAUGGAUUUGGGUCUUCAUCGGGCCUUUCGCUUGCUCAGCCAAACCUUACGGAGGGUCAGCAACAGCUUCCUCUGGAGAUGACCCAUAACACAUCGGAAAGCGAAAUGGCAAAGAUGAUCAGGGAUGAGGAAUUUGAAAGCAAAUCCGGCAGCGAGAACCUCGAAGGUGCCUCCGGCGAUGAUCAAGACCCUUCCAAUCGCCCUCGCAAGAAGCGUUACCACCGCCAUACUCAACACCAAAUCCAAGAAAUGGAAACCUUUUUUAAAGAGUGUCCUCAUCCUGAUGACAAGCAAAGGAAGGAGUUAAGCCGUGAAUUAGGGUUAGAACCUUUGCAGGUCAAGUUUUGGUUCCAAAACAAGAGAACCCAAAUGAAGACUCAGCAUGAGCGCCAUGAGAACACACAGCUGAGAAACGAGAACGAGAAGCUUAGGGCUGAGAACAUGAGGUACAAAGAAGCCCUCAGCAAUGCUUCAUGCCCUAACUGUGGAGGCCCAACUGCCAUCGGCGAGAUGUCUUUUGAUGAGCAUCAUCUGAGGAUUGAGAAUGCUCGACUGAGAGAAGAGAUUGAUAGGAUUUCUGUUAUUGCUGCUAAAUAUGUGGGUGGCAAGUCGGCUAUGGUUCCCUUCCCACCUCUCAACCCUCAAGGCAACCGUCCCCUUGACUUAGGUGUUGGGAACUAUGGAGUGCACAAUUCAGGAGGGGAGAUAUUCGGAGCAGGUGAUCUUCUUAGAUCAAUAUCUGCACCGACUGAAGCUGAUAAGCCGAUGAUCAUCGAGCUUGCUGUUGCAGCAAUGGAGGAACUUAUUAGAAUGGCCCAACUUGGUGAACCCUUGUGGAUUCCUGGCAUUGAUGGUGCUACUGAGAUUCUGAGUGAAGAGGAAUAUAUAAGAAACUUCCCUAGAGGAAUUGGCCCAAAACCCUUUGGGUUGAAAUCUGAAGCCUCUAGGGAAACUGCUGUUGUAAUCAUGAAUCAUAUUAACCUUGUUGAGAUCCUCAUGGAUGUGAAUCAGUGGGUGAGUGUUUUCUCUGGCAUUGUUUCAAGAGGCAUGACACUAGAAGUUCUAUCUACUGGUGUAGCUGGAAACUACAAUGGAGCUCUCCAAGUGAUGACUGCAGAAUUCCAAGUCCCCUCCCCGCUUGUUCCAACGCGUGAGAGUUACUUCGUAAGGUAUUGCAAACAACACGCCGAUGGAACUUGGGCAGUGGUUGAUGUAUCUUUGGAUAAUUUACGGCCUAACCCAGGAACAAGAUGUCGAAGAAGGCCAUCGGGUUGUUUAAUCCAAGAAAUGCCAAAUGGGUACUCAAAGGUCAUCUGGGUUGAACAUGUAGAAGUGGAUGAUAGAGCAGUACACAACAUAUACAGAGCCCUAGUUAAUUCAGGACUUGCAUUUGGCGCAAAGCGCUGGGUUGCUACUUUAGAUCGACAAUGUGAACGUCUGGCUAGUGCAAUGGCCAGUAAUAUUCCUUCUGGAGAUGUUGGUGUAAUAACAAGUCAAGAAGGAAGAAAGAGCAUGUUGAAGCUGGCUGAGAGAAUGGUGAUAAGCUUUUGUGCUGGUGUUAGUGCUUCAACUGCUCACACAUGGACUACAUUAUCUGGGAGUGUCGCCGAAGAUGUAAGAGUCAUGACCAGAAAAAGCAUAGAUGAUCCAGGCAGGCCUCCCGGGAUUGUGCUAAGCGCCGCCACUUCCUUCUGGCUUCCUGUCCCACCAAAUAGAGUUUUUCAUUUCCUCCGUGAUGAGAAUUCUCGAAGUGAGUGGGAUAUCCUCUCAAAUGGCGGUGUAGUUCAAGAAAUGGCGCACAUUGCAAAUGGUCGUGAUCAUGGGAACUGUGUCUCUCUACUGCGUGUGAAUAGUGCAAAUUCAAGCCAAAGCAAUAUGCUGAUAUUACAAGAGAGCUGCAUCGACUCAACAGGUUCUUAUGUAAUCUAUGCUCCUGUUGACAUUGUUGCCAUGAAUGUGGUGUUAAAUGGUGGAGAUCCAGAUUAUGUUGCCCUUCUGCCAUCAGGGUUUGCUAUACUACCUGAUGGGCCAACAAUUCAUGGAGGAAUAGUAGAUGAAGUUGGGUCUGGUGGAUCUCUUCUCACAGUUGCCUUUCAGAUUUUGGUGGAUUCAGUUCCAAGUGCAAAACUCUCUCUUGGAUCUGUGGCUACUGUUAAUAGUCUUAUUGCUUGCACCGUUGAUCGAAUUAAAGCUGCAGUUUCAUGCGAGAAUGCAUGAACUGGAAAGGCUGGCAUGUACAGCUGUGAUGAAGAAAGGGGUGAACAAAGAAAGAAGGAAAGAGGGGUGGGUGUAGAUUUCUGGGUAUUAAAAGAUGGGAGUCAAGAACGCACCUCGUAUGAUCCUUGCAAGGGCAGUUGGUUCGGGUAUUGACUUCCUCCAACGAUAAACAAGGACAGAGAAAACUAAUCCACCUUGUCUUCUUCUUCUUCUUCUUCUUCUUUCAUGGUUAAGGUCUGGAUUAGGGUUUAGGGUUAGGGUAAGGGCAAGGAUAAGGGCUUGGGUUAGGGUUUUUCCACAGUCGAUGGAUUCUUCAUCUGUCUCUUCUCCACCUUUCUCCUUUUCCCACUGUUGCUGUGUGUGGACUUUGAUGAAAUGGUUUGUGGGUGGAAGUUCUCACCUGCUUACAAUUUUAAGUAAAAGAAGUUUUAUUUCUUCA